CGAUGAGAUAUCGGAAAUGAAUGAUGAACUUGCUAAUGAUGAAAGAAGGAAAAGGAUUCAGCAUCUUCUUGAUGAUGACCGCAAUAAUCAUGUGGUGAAGUUAAAGCAAAUUUUGUUGCUAUGCGAAGAUACUUCACUAGUACAAAAUUAUAAUAAGCCGAAACAGAAUUGCUGGGAAACUGAUAUCGAUGAUAACUCAACACCACCAGCUGGGGCUCCCAGCUGGUGUAUUUCAUGCAACUACGUUCCUGCUAUUUCACUUGGUCCUGUUAUAAAUUCUUCUAGUGCUGGUGGUAACUCUGAUAAUUAUUUAGAGUCUG